GUGUGUGUGUGUUUGUGUGUUUGUGCAUGUGUGUGGGUCAGACACAAACUACUGUAGAAAUUGACAGCGCUUGAUGCACAAGUGUUGUGACCAGGCUGGACCGUUAUUGUGAUUUUGUCCUGAGGGAACUCGUCACCCACCGGGCGUCUCUCUUUUUUUUUGCGGAGGAGAAGCAAACAGUGAUAUCCAGUCGAAAUGGGGAAAGUGGAAGGAGGAAUGAAAUGUGUGAAGUACCUUUUGUUCGUGUUCAACUUCAUAUUCUGGCUGAUGGGAUCCUUGGUGCUGGCAGUGGGGCUGUGGCUGCGCUUCGACCCAGAGACUGUGUCACUGCUCAAUGGUGAUGGAGCGCCUGACACCUUCUUCAUUGGUGUGUAUAUCCUGAUAGGUGCUGGCAGCCUGGUGAUGUUGGUGGGCUUCUUCGGCUGCUGCGGUGCUGUUCGAGAAUCUCAGUGCCUGCUGGGGUCGUUCUUUGCCUGUCUGCUGAUCAUCUUUGGAGCUGAGGUGGCAGCAGGGGUGUUUGGCUUCUUAAACAAAGAAAAGAUAAUCGAAGACGUUCAGAACUUCUACAAAAACACCUACAGUGAAAACAGAAACGGCACGCUGAUCAUAUCAUACCAGAAAGUGCUGAACUGUUGUGGAAUCCAAGGUUCCCCCUGCUCCGAUCCACCGGACACCAAGGACUGUGAAUCAGGCAUCGAGGAGUUCUUCAACAGUAAACUCCACAUUAUUGGCUAUGUGGGCAUCGGCAUCGCUGGUGUCAUGAUCAUUGGGAUGAUCUUCAGCAUGGUGCUGUGCUGUGCCGUUCGCAACAGCAGGGAGGUCAUCUAAACUGCACCCAUGACCUCUGGCCCUCAACCCUCCUGCACCCGGCCCUGAAAGACUGUACAGCCUUGAGAUCAAAUGUCCAGCACCUGUCCACCAUGCAUCCAGAGACCACAUGCAGACCAUCUUCAGAAACAACAACAGCAGAAAAAAAAAACCCUUCACUAUGGUGCUAUCAUCACCAGUAAAAACUAUAGGUGGUGGUCCUCCUCUUUCUCAGCCAUAUUUCUUCUUAUGUUUUUGUUUUCACAGGAAAAUUGGUGUAACUACUGUACCGAAACAUUUUGAUAAGAUUUAACCGUUCAUACAUCCCACGGGAACAGUAACAUUAUUUGUAAUACUACUGGCCCUCCAAAUUGUCAUUGUGUUUUCUCAUGGGCACUUGGCAACCACUAAACAUUUUAACCCAUAUCCCACAGCUGCAGUGUCAAGGCUUUUUCACACAGCCUUGACACUGACGCCUCCCAGGGGCAACAGUGCCUUGGCUGUGGGAAUAUUUAGCCUGAGUAACUCUGGGUUGAAAAUAGCUGAGUUUGCUUAUGCACGCACGCACGUAGGACACACACACAUGCAUACACGUACACACACAUUCAGUACUCUUGUGUGAGACCACAGCCUCCAAAAAAGGUUGUCUGGUGUCUAAUAGGGAAUCCAGAUUGGUGAAAUCAGAGUAGAGUUUCAAGGAUGUGAAAGCUCAGUGAAUACUUGGUGCAUGUGCCCAUCAUGCACACACACAUACACAUCCACACACACAAGCACACACAUUCUGUUAACUAUGUAAUCAACACAGAUUGCUCUCUAUAAGACACAACAUCCAAAAUCCCCUUUAACAGGAUUUUUAAUCUUAUAUGUCCACUGCAAAACAUUUUCAUCCUGAAAAGUAAUUCGGUCUCAUUUUCAGUGUUAAAGUUUUGUGUUGAAAUAUGUGAAAUCAUAAGUAAAAAAAAAAAAAAAAACUGCCUGUGGUAUGAGAAAAUCCUACUUGUUUCCCGGACAACUUCACUUGAUUUAUGAAUAUUUCAGGGAACAAGUAUAAAUAUGGUGACACAAGACAGGGUGAGGCAGAAAAACAUCAUUUUAACACUGAAAAUGACUCUUUAAAAUAGAGAUUUUUGCAGUAUCCUAUGCCGACUAAACUACAAACCAAACCCCCUCUUGCCUUCAAAGAAAGGGCAUCUGAUAUGUUUGGCACAGGAGCUCGGUAACAUAAACGCACCUCUCCCCUUUUCUCUGCUCGUAGCUUCUCACUUAGAAGCUACAGGAGGGUGUGGUGUUAGAGCCUGUCUUAUGUAAGAGAGGACUCCUCAGACUCACUUGACUGUACAUUACUGUAAGAACACCCAGAUCAUGUGGACAUGUUUACAGGCUAACCAUACACCAGAGGUAAUAUUGGAGCUACCAAAUUCGAUUUGCCAGUAGCAGAAUUUGACCAUUUCCCACGUCCAUCUCUUGUCCCCUGUGCCUUAACAGUACACCACAUCACUGGCCUGUCUCAAAAACAACCACUAUAUCCCUCUCACUUCAAAAAGCAGCCCUGGAUCAGCAGGAUUGGACAGGAAAAAAACAACCUAGCACCAGUUCCAUUUAUCAGGAUUAAAUGGCUGUCAGUCAGUUUGUUUAAACCCAUCUAAUCUUAUCAGAUUUACACGGGAGAAGAGAGGUACGAUAUACAGAUUGUUUCUGCACCAGGCCGCUCAUAAUUCUUACAGGUUGUAUCCCCAGGGUCGCAACACCAUUAUGUAAAUAGGUGUGAAUUUCUUUUUGUAGUUCUAUAUUAUUUGUGGCUGAUGUGGUGAUAGUUGGUGUUGAAAAUGCUGAGUGUGUAGGCACAGGCUUGCAGUAGAUGUACGGUGUUGUAGUCAUGACAGUGUUUGCAGUAGUCGCAGCUGUUCCGCGCAGCUAUAAGAGCUUCUUCAUGUGCCUUUCUUUGAUAACAAGCUAAUUUCAAACAAUAGCAGGUUAGAGCAUAGAUUUUGUAGCCAAAAAAAAAAAAAUGACGAUGUGAGUAGCUGUAGGUAGUGUACAUAUGUUUGUAGAGCUGGACUGCAUUUUAUUUGUCACACACAUCCGACAAGUAGCACAUUCGGCUUGACUUGCCGUUAUUGUUUUGGUUUGUUUUAGUACUCUGAUGUGUCUCACCCUUCCUCCAAGAGAGCUGAAGCAGUAAAAAAUGCCAGUUUUUACAAAAUCGAGCUUGGUUGUCACGAAGAAAGCCUUUGUUUUAUGGACAGAGAUGAUCUUAAUAUUAAUAAUUAAAACUAUUAAGAUAUGGAAAUCAAGCACUGGUCAAUAUUACUUUAACUGUUUUGAUUUCAGCAUAAUGUGGCAUAAUGAGGAGGGAAGAGGCUUCUAGUUGAGACUGUUAAGAAGCCAGUAGGCAGUGCUCACUCCGAAAAGUGAAGCUGCACAACAGAGGCUGUCACUUAAUUAGCAUGAACUGAACUAGGAGCAAGUUAGUGGUUCUAAAAUAUAAUUUUUUGGAGGCUGAACCUGUCCCAGAUAGGUCACUAAAAACAACAGAAUCCACAAAGCUGUUAGUGUGUUCCUCCCUUAUGUUUGGGCAAAACAUUAAGAUGUUUUGUAAUGUUGUGCAUCUAAAAAACUGUGUCACGGUCGAGCUGUUUUUUUUGUUUUUUUUUUUCAUUGAUUGUGUGUUUAUUUAUUUUAAUACCAUUCCACGCUUCUCAGGAAGAUAGAUGUUUGAAAUUUAAUAAAGUUUUUAAAGUUU